UCGUUUUCGCUUCGCUUCGCUUCCAGCCGAGCCGCUUCCUGGCGCCUCCCGGGCUUGGGACUCGCGCCGCCGCCGUUUUUGCAACCCCCGACUCGGCUCAGCCCUCCGGCCGGACAGGAGCCCGCCGCCACCCCGCCCCAUGGCCGCCCUGGAGGUCUCUCCCGAGUGCGAGGCGCAGGUGAACGCCUUCAAGAAAAGCCUUUGCGUCCAGGCUGAAGAACUGGUCGCCAGAAAAUUCCCUGAAAAAGUUGUGGAGCUCAGUAAUUUUCUGAAGGCCCCCGAACUCAACGUGGCAGACCUAACUUCGCUCCGUUCGGAACUGGACAUUCCUGUGCCGGAUCCCAAGAAGGACGAGGAGCGUCGCAAACAGCGGGAAAAAGAAGAGAAGGAGGAUAAAAAAGAAGAGAAGACUGCUAAGAAGGCGUCGGAGGAUGACGAUAAAGCCCCACCGUGUGGUCCUGUUGGCCACAAUGACAAGAUCACCACUUUGCUGAACCGAGUGAAGCCUGAGAUCCAGGGAGCAAAGGAGAAACUGAAUGUGAUUUGUCUCUGGCUACAGCUCCUGGUGCCACGGAUUGAAGACGGGAAUAAUUUUGGGGUUGCAGUGCAGGAAAAAGUGUACGAGUUGUUGACUGCAGCUCGGACAAAGCUAGAAGGAUUUCAAACACAUAUCUCGAAGUAUUAUUCUGAACGGGGAGACGCCGUUUCCAAAGCUGCCAAGAGUCCUCACGUGGGCGACUACCGCCAGCUGGUGCACGAGAUCGACGAAGCAGAGUAUGCGGAAAUCCAAUUCAUGAUCAACGAACUGAGAAACAUUUACGCCGUGGUCUACGACAGCGUCCUGAAGAAUUUUGAGAAGAUUAAGAAACCCCGAGAUGAAAACAAAGGGAUGAUCUACUAAACGGCUCGGCCAGCAAUUGGGACCGGGGGAAAAGCUGCUCUCUUCCAAAUCAUGGAGUCUCCUCCUUUUGCGAUCAACUCGAUCCCCUUUAAAUAAACAGAUCUUAAAAACA